AAUGGCGUUUACCUUGGGCUCACUUUUCGAAGCUUGCUUAUUGAUCAUCAAUGCUAUUGCUGUUCUUAGUCAAGAAAGGUUUCUCGCAAAGAUUGGAUUUAGCCCAGCGGACGCUAGUUCAACAUUUGGACAAGAAACUGGAGUAAAGCAACAGAUUAUUCAUCUCAUCUCUUCUGUACAGACUCUGCUAAGAAUACCUCUCAUACCUCUGAACAUAGCUACUAUUGCAUACGAAGUGAUCCUGGGCUAGUACGAACAAUCAAGUUUGCCUUUGCCAUAUCAUCAUGGCUAGAGAUACUAACAAUAAACACGGCAUUGAUUUUAUAACUUAUUCUGUUUGAAGAGAUUAUAAAAUCGUUGUUUGGUAUUGUGCAUUGUCCUACGGAUAAAUAGUUUGUUACUUGCGUGCAUGCGCAGUAGUCGUUACUCAGAUGGCCCAGCCAUUUUGUGACACCGUAUCAUACCA